CCUACAUGUUCAAAGUCCUUCCCCACAAGAACUCAACUCAAAUCCCAUAUGGCUAUCCAUAUCGAUAGUUUCCCAUUUCCAUGCUUGUAUGCAGGAUGUGAUUUACAUUUCAAGCGUAAACAUGAUUUAAGACGUCAUGUGGAUGCAAAACAUGCACUGAUCAAGAAGUAUCUUUGCUCAGGUGGCUGUGGAGAAGGCUUUGGACGACGCGACCAGAUGAUCCGACAU